CGUACGGAGUGACGAGGUCAUACGUGAAGGCUGCUAGGGGCGCGGGGAGCGGGAGCAGGCGGACUUGGGGCAAGUUUCAAGCCGAACUGUUGGUGCAGGCGACUCAUGAAACAAAGUAGUUAGCUAAACCAUCAGCGGGAUCGUAUUAGGCCAUGACUCAUUUGCGAUUGUAACCAGCAUACGUCUUUUAGAGGCAGAAGUUAACCAGAUGAAUGCGGCUAUGGAAGUGGAGAGCCAAAACGGGUUCACAUCCAGCUGUCCGUCUGAGAACGGCGGCAGCUUCUCCACCCUUGAUGUGCUACCUUCAGAAAACCACGAUGACAGCCUGACCCACCACACCCCCCGCCACGGCACUGUUAUCCCCAAUCGGAUUUUUGUCGGGGGAAUUGACUACAGGGUUACUGAGAGCGACCUGCGACAUGUCUUCUCUCAACACGGUGCAGUAAAAGAGGUGAAGAUUGUGAUAGAUCGCUCAGGAAUGUCAAAGGGAUACGGCUUUGUUACAUUUGAGACUCAAGAUGAUGCACUGAAAGUCCUUCAUGAUCCUAAUGGCAUCUGUUUCAAAGAUAAGAAGCUGAGCAUUGGUCAGGCUGUCCGCAAGCAGCAAGGUCCAGGACAAGCUAAGAGUGUUUUCGUGACCAUCCCUGACUCUGCCAUACCUGUGCCGAUGUCCUGUGGGACCCUGCACCUGACCACGUCUGCAGGCUAUCCCUACACCUACCACAACGGAGUGGCCUACUUCCACUGCCCCAACAUGAGCUCUCCUGCCCACCACUGGCCUCAACCUGCUCCUCCUGUGACGCUUCCUCAGUCCCAUCAGCCUGUCUACCAGCAACCAGCCUAUCACCACCACCACCACCACCAGUGUGCCCCAAGCCAGUAUCAGUGGAAUGUGGUCCAGUCGCCGAUGCCCUCCAGUCCAGUCAUGUACUCCCAGCAGUCAGAAUAUCUGUACCAGCCCGCUGAUGGAGCCCCUUACCGGCCUCCUCUGCCUGUCAUGGAGGACACCACACCAGAGUUUGCAGAGCCCACGCCGGUGCAGCAGGUUUACCCGUUGUAUCCUCAGAGAACUGAAGGAAUGACGCCAAUUUUUCUGCAACAUAACCAUGGAAAGAAUCAGAUGUUUCCACACUCGCGGGUCCAUCUGAAGCCAAAGUACCGCCGCUACAUCCAUCACAAGGAGUACCACUACCUGCCAGAAGCCACGGCGCCUCCAGACGCCUCAAUGCGUCAGACUGGCCCACCUCUCAUGUAGGCUAAGGUGGUCAAGGGAGGAAUCCCACCCGCAGUGUCAGUGUAGUUCCUCUUCCUUCUCCUCGGAUUCAUCGCACAUGUAAUCUAUCAUCGGUUUAACCUGUGCUUUACGACAUAAUGCAGUGUGUUUUCGUGAUUUCAUGGCCUCUUUGCGGACAGUUUGUCCGUUACCACCAACUCAAGGAGUGCUCUCUCACCUUGUAAGACUCGCAGCACUCGGAUCUGUUUCUGUAUUGAUGGUUUAAUACAGUUGGAUGAUUGAGGUGAACUCGCUCCAUUACAGUGGCUCACAUUGCACAACAGUAUUUACAGAGGUUGGGCUUAAUUUCUCAAUUAACGCAUCAACUUAGCAAUGAAAUGUGAGUUUUCAGUGAAUCAUUUAUUUUACUAGUUGUGAUAACACUAACUCUGCGAUAGGGCUGGGCGAUAUAUCAAUAUUAUAUCGAUAUGAGACUAGAUAUCGUCUUAGACUUUGGAUAUUGUAAUAUGACACAAGUGUAAGUGUUGUCUUUUCGUGGUUUUUACGGGCUGCAUUACAGUAAAAUGAUGUCAUUUUGUGAACUUACCAGACUGUUCUGGCUGUUCUAUUAUUUGCCUUUACCCAUGCAGUCAUUACAUCCAUGUUACUGAUGAUUAUAUAUAUAAAAAAUCUAAUAUUUAGUGAAAGCAUCAAAUGUCAACCCUACAGUAUCGGGUUAUUGGGUCAAAAGAUAUCGUGAUAUUUUCUCUGUACGGCCCAGCCCUACUCUGCGAUGACUAAACAGUCCGUCUUGAAAUUUGAGACUCAAGAGUUAAAGGUUUCGGAUUAUUGGAGCACAACAAAUGUCUACGUUCUUCAGAUUUAAUGAUCCGUGACGCAGUCCGGAGAUGGCUACGGCAUUUCAAAGCAUUUUGCCAUCAAAAUGUCAAGCUUGAAUUCUUUUGUGUUUUUAGUUUUAUUUUUUAUCAAACUCAGUUUAGUUUUCAAACCUCCGAAAUGUACAAUAUUGAUAACAAAAGUCGGUUCAAACUAUUGCAUUUUAAAACCUAAAUUUAUUUCUUUUAAUCAAACGUAACCAAAACUUGGCUAACAAUCGGCGAACGGUACGUUGAAGCCCAGAUCUAGCGUCUUUCCAAACUGACUUGAGCGGAGCUUGAACCCUUUUCUUGUUUUUGUAAAAAACUACUUUGCCUUUCUGUCAUAGCGUUGUUGCAACAGCAGAAAUCUCCCAGCUACAUGCACACCGACACCAUGAUGUAGCGGAGAAUAUCAGAGAUGUAUGUUCUUACCAUGUCAACCCUUUCUCUUUUUACCUUAAUGUGCAGAGAAGCAAUGCUGUACAUCCUCUGCAUCAGCGAUCACAUUUGUUUGGCAGGACAUGAAGAAGCAACACUGAUUUUUUUUUUAUUUUGGUAUAGUUAUUUGAGGCUGACUGAGAUUAUUAGUCAAAUCUUAUCAAUAUUUGGGUGCUCUGAGUGAGCUGCUGCAUCUUCUCUUGUCUCCUCUGCUCAGCUUUAUCAGUGUUGGGACCUUUUCGGGAUCCUCUGAUCCAUGUAAACCUUAUUUUCAACAAUUUCUUUUUUUUUUUCAGUAUAAUGUGAAGAGAUUUGUCUUUUAUCAUUUUUAAACCAGCUCUAAUUGGUUUAAUAAUUUAGAACCAGCGAUAGGCGGCUGUGUUGUUGAAACGGUACAGAAGUAACAGCAACAUGACAAUUUAGUAUAUUCUAUAUAAAAUAGACUGACAAUUCAUCAAUGAAAGUCUACCGUUACUUGGCAAUUUUGUAUAUCAGGAAUCAUAAUUUUAUAUUUGGAUAUAUAUAUAUAGAAGUUUGCUGAGGAGCAUUAAACAAAUUUGAGCCAUAAUAAAUCUGCCAGUUGGGAUUUUAUGCACACAGGGACACAUUUCUAAUCCCAGAACAUGUAAGAAACGAGUGUGCCUCAAGAGGAUUUGCAUCUCGCUUGCACACUGCUUUCAAAGCUGGAAAUGACCUGUCAUGCUGUUAAACUGCACCUUCUAAGUAACGUCAGCAAAUUUAUUGGCCUCGCUCAAUAGUUUUAUUAAUAAUAAAGUAAUAAUAGAAAUACUUAAUUCAGUAACUUCUUGGACAAGGGAUUGGGAAAUUCUCUCAAAGAUUGUGUAUUGUCAUUUGUUCAGUGUAAAUUAGUUUCUUUUCUAGUUUUAUAAAAGUUCUAGAUUGUUCUACAUUUGCAGGUUAUGUCGUUGAGUUUGCAGUUUCCAAAUAUUUCACAAGCCUGCCUUGGAAUUCAUUAUAGGUUGUAUUACAUUUAAAUGCUUUAUAUCCAUUUUAUUCCAAAAAUAUUCUAAGCUGUUUUAUUUCAAAACUACAAUGCGUUAAUUCCCCUGAUGUAUCUGUUAAGUAUUUUUGCUUAUAAUUUAGGUAAAAAUGUAGAUGUACAGUUUUCAGUGUGCUUUUCAUGACAUUGCUGUUUAAGUGUUUUGUGUUUUUAACUCCAUAUAUUUUGUCUUGGGAUCGAACUCUGGUUUUGUCUGCUAUUGAAAGCAGAAGGCGAACUGUAUAACCAAAGAAUAACCUAAUCUAACCUAUUUUUGUGAUUUCUUUACAUUUUCUUGAAGCGAGAUGUGCAGUACUUAUUUAACUCUGUUGUUUUAACAACAUUAUUUUAAGUUCAGUGCGUUUCCAGUUCUUGAAUGGAAAUAAAUGCUUUCCUCGGUGUA